UCUUAGCAAGAACAUCUCUUGAUUAAAUAGAUACUUACGAUUUGCGACGGAAUAUGUCUGAGUCGCGCAGGAUGCCCACAAGACAGUCGGCAAGACUGGCUACUUUCAUUGAUUUAAAACCAAGACCACCAAUUAAGAGGAAGAGGAAAGUCGACAGUGCUUCAGUCACAGCAACCAAUGGGAUUAAGGACCAAGAGGACGCGCCUUCGGACUCUGAGGCGUCCCCUGAGAAGGUCAGUAAGCUGGAAGAUGGAGAGUCUGGAGACACUGUUAAGAAGACUGAGGAGAUGGACGUAGAUGAGGGAUCAGACGAGGACCAGGACAUGAGUUCAGAGGAAGAGCAUGAAGAACCUGUGCCUCAUACACGAUGUCCGUCUGUCAAACUUCACUCAGGGGCAGUAAAUACCCCUAGAAGUCUCAUAGUCAAAAGUGAGGAGACAGAGGAGAUACAAAUGCUUUUGAAGAGAGACAGGACAACUCAGCGCACGGCGAUGGACAAUAAAGAGUCUAAACCCAAAAAAGAGUAUUUUAAAGGAAGUAGCGAGUCCUACAAUUCACAUGUCAGCUCCCAUCCUCCCUCGCUGCCUGUGCGGAGCAGCAUUCACGGGUACCACCAAAAGAUGAGGGAAGAAAGCAAAGUUCAUUUUCCCAGGGACAAACUGUUGACUGGCGGUCAAACCACCUGGCAAAAUAACGUUAUGCACAGAAACAAGCAACAGUCCCGGCAGCAAAGAGAACAAGUAGCGCAGAAGAGACCGGAGGUUAAGAAAGCAGCUCCUACACCCUCCUCAACAGGGUGUUUGUGGAAGCUGUUGGUCCUCUUAAAGUGGGCUGUGUUUUUGCUUGUCUCGCUGGUUUUGGUGGUUCUGGGUUACCCUACGUUUAAGGAAUUAUCUGUGCUGACCAGAGCCGCGCUCGCCAGGGCCGUGCCCGCUCCUAAAAGUACGAACGCCGGUGAGGUUUUCGAGGCCCGACUGCAAGCGCUGGAGCUUCGGUUCCCCAGUCAGCAUGCAGAACUGUGGAGGAGGAGCAAGAUCCAUCUAAACCAGCACCUCAAGAACGAUCAUCCCACCGAACCCGUGAGUCUGAUUCUGACCUCAGGUCGCGCUGCCGAGAAAACAGUGGGUUGCCUUGCCCGCGGGUUGGCAUCAGCCUACUCCGCCGCCCGUAACGCCUCUACUUUCAAUCUCGACGGCGCCAGCAUGGCAGGGCAGGACAGCGACCAGGUAAAACUGGACAUCGACACGGAGCUGAGGAAAGCUUUCGACGGCAGUAGCCCGGCCGCCGUCAUCCACCGUUUCGAAGAGAUACCCCCGGGAGCCACACUCAUCUUCUAUCGCUAUUGUGACCACGAGAACGCCGCCUAUAAAAACGUCUUCCUGGCCUUUACCGUGCUGCUUGGAACGGACACCCUGGGGCCGGGACACAGCCUAAGCGAAGUGGAGCAGAUGGUACAGGAACAUAUAAAAGAUAAGUUCAUUCCCUCAGACAGCCCCACAACAUUUAACCAGAUGGACAUCGACAAGCUGAGUGGACUCUGGAGUCGGAUCUCUCACCUCGUACUGCCUGUGGCAGCAGAGGAGCCAAUCGAACAGCAGGGCUGUCCAGACCUGUGAGAACAAUAUGAAGGUGAGGAACAGGACAAUGAUGUCACAAUGAGGCUGAAGCUGAUUGGCUGUGGAGACUGAGAUAGACUCAAGGGGUUCAUCAUAUGGGCCAGUCAUUCAGCUGCACUGGGUCAUAUUCUCACCUGUACAGUUCUGAGGUUUUAAAUCCAGUAUACAGUUGAUGAUACCCAUCUCUGCCAAUUUUGGG